AUGGUGAGGAACUGCUCGGAGUGCAAGGAGAAGAGGGCAGCUCACAUCCUCUGUACCUACUGCAACCGCUGGCUUUGCAGCUCCUGCACGGAGGAGCACCGACAUGGCCCGGCCCCUGGGGGCCCACUCUUUUCACGGACCCAGAAGGGAUCUCCAGGAGUGAAUGGUGGUUCUGGAGACUUCGCAUUGUACUGUCCUCUGCACACGCAGGAAGUUCUCAAGCUGUUUUGCGAGACCUGUGAUGUGCUCACAUGCCACAGCUGCCUCAUGGUGGAACACAAAGAGCACAGGUGCAGACAUCUUGAAGAAGUUUUACAAAACCAGAGGAUGCUUCUGGAAAGUGUGACUACACAGGUGGCACAUAAGAAAUCCAGUCUACAGACAUCUGCAAAGCAAAUUGAGGACAGGAUUUUUGAGGUGAAGCACCAGCACAGGAAGGUGGAAAACCAGAUCAAAAUGGCCAAGAUGGUUCUGAUGAAUGAACUGAACAAACAAGCCAAUGGACUCAUAGAGGAGUUGGAGGGCAUCACUAAUGAGAGGAAGCGGAAGCUGGAGCAGCAGUUACAGAGCAUCAUGGUUCUCAACCGCCAGUUUGAGCAUGUGCAGAAUUUCAUUAACUGGGCUGUCUGCAGCAAAACCAGCAUCCCUUUCCUUUUCAGCAAAGAGCUGAUUGUGUUUCAGAUGCAGCGAUUGCUGGAGACAAAUUGUAACACAGACCCUGGUUCCCCCUGGAGUAUCAGAUUCACUUGGGAGCCUAACUUCUGGACCAAGCAGCUGGCUUCCCUAGGCUGUAUAACUACUGAGGGUGGACAGCUGUCCCGAGCAGAUACUCCUGCUUAUGGAGGCUUACAGGGACCAUCAUCUUUUUACCAAAGCCACCAGUCCCCAGUGGCCCAUCAAGAGACUCUCAGCCAUCCCUCACACAAGUUCCAGUCUCCAGCGUUGUGUUCCUCAUCCGUGUGCUGCGCCCACUGCUCCCCAGGCUCGCCCUCCCUCAAAGGCCAGGCCCCCCCACCCAGCAUACACCCAGUGCACAGCUUUAGGCAGCCCUCCGAGAUGGUGCCCCAACAGUUGGGCUCCCUGCAGUGCUCCACACUGCUGCCCAGGGAAAAGGAACUGCCCUGCAAUCCUCACCCACCAAAGCUGCUUCAGCCCUGGCUGGAAACCCAGCCCCCUGCAGAGCCGGAGAGUGCACCCCAGCGGCUGGGGCAGCAGCUGACUUCCCAGCCCGUGUGCAUCGUCCCCCCACAAGAUGUUCAGCAAGGAGCCCAUGCCCCGCCCACCCUGCAGACACCCUCCAUCCAGGUGCAGUUUGGCCACCACCAGAAGCUGAAGCUCAGCCACUUUCAGCCACCGCCACAGCAGCAGCUGCCACUUCUGCCCCCUCUGCCCCCUCCGCCCCAACAGCAGGCACCCCCACCUCUCCCUCCAUCCCAGCAUCUGGCUUCUAGUCAGCACGAGAGCCCACCGGGGCCCGCCUGUUCCCAGAACGUGGACAUAAUGCACCACAAGUUUGAGCUGGAGGAAAUGCAGAAGGACCUGGAGCUUCUCCUUCAGGCUCAACAGCCCAGCCUUCAGCUGAGUCAGACCAAAUCGCCGCAGCAUCUACAGCAAACCAUCGUGGGGCAGAUCAAUUACAUUGUGAGGCAGCCGGCGCCCGUCCAGUCCCAGAGCCAAGAGGACACUGUGCAGGCUGCAGAUGAGCCCCCAGCGUCUGAAGGCCCUAAGCCGGCUCUCCCUCUUGACAAGAAUACUGCUGCUAACUUGCCCCAGGCAUCUGGGGAGGAAAACCCUCACAGUGUCCCCCCAUUGGACAGCGCCAUCCAGCACUCCUCUCCGAAUGUGGUGAGAAAGCAUUCCACUUCUCUGAGCAUCAUGGGCUUUUCCAACACACUGGAGAUGGAGCUGUCAUCUACCAGGCUGGCGAGGACCCUUGAGCCACAGAUGCAGAGCAAGAGCAGCCUGACAGCUGCCCCACCCCAAGUGAUGCCCCAAGGGGUACCAAGCCUGCUGAGUGGCCCCCCACCAACCAUGUCCAGCCUAGGGAGUGGUCAAAACCAGGCUGUGACCAGCCUGACAGCCAGUCACCUGCCGGCCAUGCCCAGCCUUGUGCGUGGCCCACCCCAGUCCAUGCCCAGCCUAAUGAGUGAUCCCUCCCCAACCAUCACAAGCCUGGCAAGUGAUCACUCUCAGGCUGGACCCAACCUGAUGUCUGGCCCCACCCACACUGUGCCAAGCCUGGCAACCUGUCCUCUGCAAAGUGUGCUUCCAGCUUCUGAUGUGCAGCUGGAGACUGGGUCUGGCUGCAAUCCUGGUUCUGGCCGAACUGCAGGGGGCCUGUGCCCUGGGGAUGGAGCUGACCCCUCCCUGGGGAAUGCCUUGUGUAAGAUGGAAAGUGAGGAUUCUACCCGCUUCACUGACUCUCUGGGACAAGGCCCUACAGCCUCUGCUCUGGAUGCUUCCAAGGACUUGUCUAUCCCCUCAGACCUGGAGGAGCCAAUUAACCUCUCUGUGAAAAAACCCGCACUGGUGCCAGAGGUCAGCACACCUGUGGCCCUGCAGCAGUACCAGAGCCCAAAAGAGUAUGAGAAUUUUGAACAAGGAGCCCUCGGGCUGAACACAGAAGGGAACCAGAGUAUCAGACCCUUCAGUAAUGAGCCCAAGAUUCCCUACGUGCGCCUGGAGCGGCUCAAGAUCUGUGCUGCCUCCUCGGGCGAGAUGCCGGUGUUCAAGCUGAAGCCGCAGAAGAAUGAUCAGGAUGGGAGCUUCCUGCUGAUCAUAGAAUGCGGUUCUGAGUCCUCCAGCAUGUCCAUUAAGGUCAGCCAGGACCACCUGCCUGAUACCAUCCAGGCCCCAAAUCUGGGGGGAAGAAAGGUCACUGUCACAUCCCUGGCUGGGCAGCAGCCCCCAGAGGUGGAGAGUGCAUCUCCUGAAGAACACAGGCUCAUUCCUCGAACCCCUGGAGCCAAGAAGGGGCCCCCAGUACCCAUAGAGAAUGAGGACUUCUGUGCUGUCUGCCUCAACGGGGGGGAGCUGCUGUGCUGUGACCGCUGCCCCAAAGUGUACCACCUUUCCUGCCACUUGCCAGCCCUGCUCAGCUUCCCAGGGGGAGACUGGGUAUGCACGUUGUGCCGCAGCCUGACCCAGCCCGAGAUGGAGUAUGAUUGCGAGAACGCCCGCUUUAGCCAGCCUGGAGUGCGGGCCCCUCCUGGCCUGAACAUAUAUGACCAGAAGAAGUGUGAGAAGCUGGUACUGUCCUUGUGCUGCAACAGCCUCAGCCUGCCCUUCCAUGAACCUGUCAGCCCGCUGGCGCGACAUUACUACCAGAUUAUUAAGAGGCCCAUGGACCUGUCGAUCAUCCGGAGGAAGCUGCAAAAGAAGGACCCAGCUCACUACACCACGCCGGAGGAGGUGGUAUCAGACGUCCGCCUCAUGUUCUGGAACUGUGCUAAGUUCAAUUAUCCCGACUCUGAGGUUGCAGAGGCAGGCCGCUGCCUGGAAGUGUUCUUUGAGGGCUGGUUGAAGGAGAUCUACCCCGAGAAACGGUUUGCUCAGCCACAGCAGGAGGACUCAGACUCUGAGGAGGUGUCUAGUGAGAGCGGGUAUUCCACUCCCCAGGGCUUUCCGUGGCCCCACUACAUGCAGGAGGGCAUCCAGCCCAAGAGGCGGCGGCGACAUAUGGAGAAUGAAAGAGCAAAACGAGUGUCGUUCCGCCUGGCCAACAGCAUCUCCCAAGUGUGA